AAUAUCCCAUUACUCCUGCAAACACCAACAAACCUUCGGAGACUGGAACUUUCACUGAAGAUUUUACAGAUAAGACUGGAGUUGCCCAUUCACUGGGAUAUUUGAUAGUGACGAAGGAAUGGAAGACGUCGAUAGAUGUGAGGAGGAGCUUAUUGAGUAUGCCAUUCGAGAGAGUAUUCGAGAUGUAUCAAUAGACAGGUAUUCAGAAAAUGGAGAGGAUUAUAUGAAAGUAUUAUUCGCACAUCCCGCAAAAAGUUUGUCACCUCUCCCUGACUUAGUUUACCCAUAUCUCAACAGCAUACCAACAGUCAGUGGUGACUAUCUGAGGAUAGUGACUGCCAUCGAGCAAGGUGAUGUGUGUACCCUGCAGGAGCUGUCUGGGUUGCAGGCUUUCACAGAGAGGGACAGCAGAGGGUGGCUUCCCCUACACAGAGCCGCUGUGCUGUCCCAGGAACAGGUCUUGGAUCAGGUCCUGCAGGCUUCCUGUGAUGUGACUGUGGACGAUGUGACUUCAGACGGUGACACAGCGUUGAUUCUGGCUGCUCAGGAGGGUCUGCUGGAGAAUGUCAGGACUCUACUGCAGCAUGGAGCGUCUCCACACAAAACCAACAGCCUGAAUGAGUCCCCACUGCUGCUCGCGGUGAGACAGGGAUCAUAUGACAUGGUGUCCACUCUGAUCAUUUGUGGGGCCUUCGUGGAACAGGUGUGUCUGAAGAAGUGGAUGGCCAUUCACGAGGCAGCCAAGGUGGGCUGCAGAGCCAUCCUGGUGCUUCUGCUGAGACAUGGGGCCAAGGUGACAGCUGUAGAUGGGCACAAUGUCACCCCGCUGGGCAUCGCAGCAGAGUACGCCCAUGCCGAGGUCCUGGAUAUACUCAUAAAGAACGGUGGCGACGUGAACGCGCAGGCAUAUAACGGAGACACUGUUCUGUACGAUGCAGCCGGCUCAGGGAACAUGGACUGCAUAUCCCUCCUCCUGCAAGCUGGAGCCAACCCUAACAUAGCCAGUCUGGCCUGCCAGCUGCCCAUACACAGAGCUGCCUAUGAGGGACACAUCCUUGCUCUGAGGACCUUCAUCCCAAUCACAACUAAGAGAGCCAUCCGUCUGUCUGGCCAGAGCCCAGUCCACUCUGCAGCAGAUGGCGGCCAUGUUGACUGUCUGGAGCUGCUCAUAGAGAAAGGCUUCGAUGUCAACGCUCAGCUGGACAAACACAUCUCAGAGAACUACGGGGACAUGAGGCGGAGUCCGCUCUACUUCGCCGUAUCCAACAGUGAUCUCACCUGCACAGAGAUGCUGCUGGCUGCCGGCGCCAAAACUGACCUGGACCCGCUACGCUGCUUCCUGGUGGCUGUACGCGCUGGGAGGUAUGAGCUGGUGCGUCUGCUAUUGUCCAGGGGUGCCGAGGUCAACUGCUACUUCAGAAUGAUCAGUGACACACUGUUUCCCACCGCGUUGCAGUACUGUCUCAGAGAUCACAUGAUUCUGCGCCUGCUGCUCAACAACGGCUACGACGUAGACAAGUGCUUCAUGUGUAACCACGGCAACGGACAGGAUAUGGACUGCGACUCCUGGGUCGACUACCAAAAUAACCAUAGAAGAACUUUAUUUUAUAACGAGAACUGCAGAGCCUCGUUCUGUGAAAUCAUCUCCCUGUCGUCGGUGGUCAACCUGGCGGGGAGUGUGGUACAGAUGCUUCUGGACUACAUCAGACACCCACGUAUCUGCCCCAACCUUCUACGGGUCCUGGAAAAACAGAAAGAGUGGCCAGACAUCUGUGACAUUCUGGACAACCCGCGGUCCCUGCAGCACCAGUGUCGUUUGGUCAUUAGGAGACAGAUGACCCCUAGAAGACUGAAUGACCCUCAGGUCAUGGCUGCCGUACCAUUCCCCCCGUCACUCAAACACUACCUCACCUACAGGGAGUACGACGAGUAUGGUGGGUUGGCAGCCACACACUCAUAACUGGACUAUAUCAAUGAAAACAUAUUUAGAAGAAAAAAAUGAUCCUGUUCUGUACAUAACUAUCACAUAAUGCUUUAGCUCAUAUACUUAUGCUUAUAUGAAGUAUGGCAAGUGCACUGGUGAUGUAAUGUUUGUAAUAACUACAAUUCUUUUCACACUGAUUUAUGCUCUCUGAAUAGUCUGAAUAGUCCUUACCAUAGUACUACUACUUCUACUAGACUGCAUACAUUAGACAGCACAGCUGUGCAGCAUGGUUCAGUACAUGUAGUGUGAUCUGCUCCUCAAGAUCUCCCCAUGGGAAAAGCAGGUCAGGACUAAAAAUAACUCUCUGAGAGCUCAUUCAGUUUAUACAUAGAGCUAAACACUCACUGGACACUGGUCUGAAUGACUCUGCUGCAAUGGACUGUUGACUUUUACAGUGACCCUGACACCUACCUGACUCAUUAUACCAGGGCUUAAAUCUAGAGAGAUCUAGACAUCCAUAUUAUACCCUUAAGGUUCUGUGAGUUGGAGCUCUGGAUCUGAGACUGUGUUGUCACUAGCCCUGUUUAUACCUGGUGCUAACAUGGAUUCUUUGUCCUGAUCUUGUCCACAUUCUGAUUGUGCCCACAUUUUUAGACAGGUGUAGACGAUUAAAAGACUCAUUGUGAUCUGUUUGUGAUCGGAUUUCCCUGACAACCUCCGGAGGUAGUCAGGCGUUCAAGUGUAGACCGAUCUGGACAGUGAAACCAUUUAAAUCAUCAUUAUCCAGCCGUCUAAAAUCCUUGACAAGUGACUUAUGGCAUCAAUGUGAGUCUUAAAAUAAGUAAAUACAUAUUAUUUUGAAAGAAUGUCUGAAAAUGUGAAUGUUGACAAGAUCAGGACAGGAUGCAUGUUUGCACCAGGUAUAAACAAGGCUACUGAGACCUGUUGGGUAUACUACAAAGCAGAAUCAAUGAGUUAGCCAGCUAACUUUGAUAAACAACCAGAAAUAACUAUACAUUUUCUGGUUAAUUAUGAAAGCUUAACUUAGAUACUGUGUGUGUUUUUGGAAGUUGAAUCAAUUAGACCAUUCCAAGCGUAUCUAUCUAAAACAAAUAACAAGUUAUUUCAGAAUAUUUAGGAGUUGGCUGGCUAACUCAAUGAUCCUGCUUUGUAGUGCAACCCUCAGCUCAACUCUCCCUGGCACACAGAGAGGGUAUGAGCCAGAUCUCGUAACAUUCCCCAAAUACAUGUUAGGAUUUUGGCCGUUUUCCCAAAGCAAAGUCGAGUAACCCUAAAAUACCAUUUGGUGGUAAUGUUACCACCAGCAUCCACACAUAUGACUAUAGUCCUAUGCAGUGCCUGGUAUCCUCCACUCCAACCAAGCCUUGGGCCUUUACAGUAGCUGAACAAUUGCUGUAUUCAGAAAUCAAAUAGUUAUUUUACCUUUAUUUAACUAGGCAACUCAGUUAAAGACAAAUUCUUAUUUUCAAUGAUGGCCUAGGAACAGUGGGUUAACUGCCUUGUUCUGGGGCAGAAUUACAUAUUUUUUACUUUGUCAGCUCAAGGAUUUGAUCUUCCAACCUUGCAGUUACUAGUCCAACGCUCUAACCACUAGGCUAUCUGCCGCCGCAGUGAAAUAUUUAAAACGAAGAACACCCCAGGUAACUGACUGAACCAAACGUGGGUUCUGUUGUUGUGAAGGCACAGCUAGCAGAGAGUAGACUAGAGUAGCAUGGUCCAAUGUAGAAUUAUGUUGAGAGAGUUCUAGCGUUGCCAGACUGUUGUUGUUAUCUGAACAGCAGCAUUCCUGCCCUGUCAACACCAGCCUGCCGCUCAGAGAGACACAGUGGAGUGGAAACUGUUCCUACCCACUAGUCAUACCAUAGACCAGGGAUCUCCAACUCUGUUGCUGGAGAGCUGACCUCUUGUAGGCUUUUGCUCUAAUCCCAGUUUUAUCUAACCUGAUUCAGCUUAUCAACCAGCUAAUUAUUAGAAUCAUGUGAGCUAGAUUUGUUAUUUGGUAUUUUGUUAGGAUCCCCAUUAUCUGUUGCGAAAGCAGCAGCUACUCCUCCUGGGGUCCACACAAAACAUGAAACAUGACAUAAUACAGAACAUUAAUAAACAGCUCAAGGACAGGACUACAUACAUUUAAAAAAUGGCACACAUACUGAAGCCUAGAUAUCAAUACAUACACACAAAAUAUCUACGUCAAAUAGGGGAGAGGCGUUGUGCCGUGAGGUGUUGCUUUAUCUGUUUUUUGAAACCAGGUUUGCUGUUUAUUUGAGCAAUAUGAGAUAGAAAGGAGUUAUAUCUAUAUAUCUAUAUGUUUUGACCAUGACAGUUUACAAUCUAAGUUAACACCAAGUAAUUUAGUCUCCUCAACUUGUUCAACAGCCACACAAUUCAUUACCAGAUCCAGCUGAGGUCUAGAGCUUAGGGAAUGAUUUGUACCAAAUACAAUGCUCUUAGUUUUACUGGCCACCCAUUCCAAAACUGACGGCAACUCCUUGUUAAGGGUUUAAGUGACUUCAUUAGCUGUGGUUGCUGACACAUGUAUGGUUGAAUCAUCAGCAUAUAUGGACACACAGGCUUUGUUUAAUGCCAGUGGCAGGUCAUGGGUAAAAAUAGAAAACAGUAGAGGGCCUAGAGAGCUGCCCUGCAGUACACCACACCUUACAUGUUUGACAUUAGAGAGAUUUCCAUUAAAUAAAACCCUCUGAGUUCUAUUAGAUAGAUAGCUCUGAAUAAAAUAUAUGUCAGGGGUUGAAAAGUCAUAAAACAUCAGUUUUGUCAACAACAGGUCAUGGUCAAUAAUAUCAAAGGCUGCACUGAAAUCUAACAGUACAGCUCCCACAAUCUUCUUCUUAAUUCCUUUCAACCAUUCAUCAGUCAUUUGUGUCAGUGCAGUACAUGUUGAGUGCCCUUCUCUAUAUGCUGAAAGUCUGUUGUCAAUUUGUUUACUAAGAAAUUGCCUUGUAUUUGGUCAAACACCAUUUUUUCCAACUGUUUGCUAAGAGCUGGCAUCAAGCUGAUAGGUCUGCUGUUAGAACCAGUAAAGGCUGAUUUACCACUCUUGGGUAGAGGAAUGAACUUGGCUUCCCUCCAGUCCUGAGGACAAACACCUUCCUCUAGACUCAUAUUAAAGAUAUGACAGAUAGGAGUAGCAAUAGAGUCAGCUACCAUCCUCAGUAGCUUUCCAUCUAAGUUUUCAAUGCCAAGAGGUUUGUCAUUAUUGAUCGAAAACAAAACAUUUUCCACCUCUCCCACACUAACUUUACAAAAUUCAAAUUUACAAUUUUCUUUCGUUAUUUGAUGCAUGAAUAUGAUGUUUCACAACUGUUUGUUGUUGGCAUUUCCUGCCAAAGUUUUCCCACUUUGCCAAUAAAGUACUCAUUAAAAUAGUU